AUGCGCUAUCUCAUACCGAAUCUACACCUUGUGCCAUCCCAUACCCGUAUCGGCAGCAAGUACCUAUAUAAUAGGAUGGCCCGCAGUAACGCAAAGUCAGCAGAACAGCUGAAAGACUUUAAUUAUUUUACCGCCAUUCUAAGCAAGCGGAGCUCAACUAUCUAUGAUAAAAUUCACUUUAGAUACCAACGAGGGAUUGUAAAGUGUUGA